AAAAAGCGGCCGAAGCCACUGCUAUGAAAGAAGCAGCCAAACGAGAAAAUGAAAGGGAUAAUCAAGAAUUUUUGAGAGGAGUGAAAAAAGAAACUAAAAAAGAAGUAGUAGAAGAUGAAGUUGAUAGUGAUUUAGAGGAUGAAAGUUUUGUCGAAUUAACUCCGGCAGUUUAA